AUGUCUCCACCACUCAACCUCCUCUUCCCCUGCCUCUGGAUCCUCUGCCUCUUCCUCUUCAAUCCCACCGCCGCCAGGACGACUCCGCCACCGCGGCGGCAAGAUCAAAUCAGGCAAUACCUGGAGCCUCACAACAGAGAAAGAUCCAAGCUUGGAAUCCCUCCGCUGAAAUGGAGCAAGAAGCUCGCCGACUUCGCCGCCUCAUGGGCGCACACGAGGCAGGGGGACUGCGAGCUCAUCCACUCCGGCACCAAUUACGGCGAGAACCUGUUCUGGGGGAGCGGCCAGCAGUGGAGCCACGGCGACGCGGUGGCGGCUUGGGCCGCCGAGAGAUGCUACUACGAUCACGCGGCGAACUCGUGUAGGAAGGGCCAGGAUUGCUUGCACUAUACCCAGAUGGUUUGGAGGCAGAGCUCGCGAGUUGGGUGUGCUAGAGUUGUCUGUAAGAGUGGGGACACGUUUGUGGGCUGUAACUAUGAUCCUCCUGGCAAUGUCGUUGGGGAGAAGCCCUUUUGA